AUGUGUGUGCAGGUGAGGUGUGGGGGCCAUUCCCGCGUUGUCCAGUGGCGCCAGCUGGGUCUGCACCCCGACCGAGGCGACUCACCCCAGCAGUGCAUUCUUGUAGCAGAGUUCCUUGGCGCAGAGGGUCCAGCGCAUGCCGCCGUGUUGAUGCUCGGUGAAGAAGUAGCUCAGGGGCAGGAUGGCGGAGAACAGGGCGGGGUCGUCGAGUGUGCUGAAUGGCAUUGGCAGGGAUUCAGUAGGGGGCAGCAUGAGGGGGGAGGCAGCAAGGGUUGGGGGGUACCUGCUGCUCAGCGUGCACUGCACACGCAGUUGGAAACAGAGGGUUGCCAUGGGAGGUCAGUCAGCCGAUGUGAACCCCACAGCCCAAUUUGUCGGGCAGCAUUCUCUGAUGCCGUCAGCCUGCCACUCAUGGUGUUCGACUGCAAAGGCGCAUCGGCACGCAUGGUUUCCCAGCUUGACAGGCUUCAGAGCCAAACAGAACCAUGA